AGAAGAUGAUAGGAUAAGGGUUCAGAAAUCUGGAUUCCACAAAAAAUUCAUUUUUUCGAGAAAUUUUUUUAAAAGGGAAAAAACAUUGGACGUAUAUGUCAACUUCCUCAAUCUCAUUAUCGUCAUUAUCCCUUCAUUUUAUUUUCUGUUCAUAAAUUUAUAUUCUUUUGCUCCCAUCGUUUCUUUACAUAUUUUCCACCCUCAGUUUCAACACAUACUGUUUCUCUGAUCGUAACAGUGAUACAUAAAAAUGGAGGCACGUGCAGGAGCCAAUCAGCGUAUUGCAAGAAUCUCUGCUCAUCUUCAGCCAUCAAAUUUCCAGGAAAGGGGCGAUGUUAUUCUCAAGAGAGCUGAGUGCAGAGCAAAGGGUGGGGCACCCGGAUUCAAAGUGGCAAUUUUGGGGGCUGCUGGGGGAAUUGGUCAAUCCCUUUCUUUGUUGAUGAAGAUUAACCCAUUGGUUUCGGUUCUUCAUCUUUAUGAUGUUGUCAACACCCCCGGUGUCACAGCUGAUAUUAGCCACAUGGACACCGGUGCUGUGGUUCGUGGCUUUCUGGGACAGCCACAACUCGAGAAUGCACUCACUGGCAUGGACUUGGUAAUCAUACCUGCUGGGGUGCCAAGGAAACCUGGGAUGACAAGGGAUGAUUUAUUUAAAAUAAAUGCUGGAAUUGUGAAGACCCUUAGUGAAGGAAUUGCCAAGUGCUGCCCCAAUGCAAUCGUCAACUUGAUCAGUAAUCCAGUCAAUUCCACUGUUGCUAUUGCUGCAGAGGUUUUCAAGAGCGCCGGUACAUAUGACCCAAAGCGACUACUGGGUGUUACAGCCCUUGACGUUGUGAGGGCAAAUACUUUUGUGGCAGAGGUACUGGGAGUGGAUCCAAGAGAGGUUGACGUUCCAGUGGUGGGAGGUCAUGCUGGGGUCACAAUUUUGCCUCUUUUGUCACAGGUUAAGCCUCCCAGUAGCUUCACUGCAGAAGAAACUGAAUACCUGACAAAUCGCAUUCAAAAUGGAGGAACUGAAGUUGUGGAGGCAAAAGCUGGUGCUGGUUCGGCCACACUAUCCAUGGCAUAUGCAGCUGCCAAGUUUGCGGACGCAUGCCUCCGUGGCUUGAAAGGGGAAGCUGGGGUGGUGGAGUGUGCUUUUGUUGAUUCUCAGGUUACGGAACUUCCCUUCUUCGCAACCAAGGUGCGUCUCGGUCGUGCCGGAGCAGAAGAGGUAUAUCAAUUAGGCCCCCUCAACGAGUAUGAAAGGAUUGGGUUGGAAAAAGCAAAGAAAGAGUUAGCAGGAAGCAUCCAGAAGGGUAUAGACUUCAUCAGAAAAUAAAAUGUGACCGGCAAAAACUAGUUUCUGCUUCUUUUAAAUAAGGACCUUCUGUAAUGCUUCCCUUUGUUCAUAGUAAAUUUUUUGCCUUAAAAAUAGCAUUUUAAAUUUUCGGUGUCAUCCCUUACUACUGAUGACCACUGAUAUGACAUCAGUGAAACCGUAUAAUGAUCUGAAAGAUACUACAAUAUGGGUCUUUUGUACUAAUUCAAAAUCUUAUUUUACUCGCAACACAUUUUAGUA